UGGCAUAAGAAAUCUCUAGUAUAAAUUUAAGAACUCGACCGAUACCCGUAUCUACUACCUUCACCGUCCAUACACACUGCAGUGCGUCCGUCAUCAAACGACAGUGUUUGGUUUGUCCCUCGUUCGCUGGCGCUUCAAGGCAAGCUAACCUGUGCAGGGCAUCAUGCUCUCUAAUUGGAUUCCUGCGAUUUCGUUGGGUGCAAAAGGUUUAAUCAGAAGGAAUCGGAAUUCGAACCCUAAUCCAAAGAUCGUGUGUGUGCAGUGGUUCUCAUUUUCUUCUUCCAAAGCUCCAAUAGACAUGGCUGCCAGAGAUGGAGAACUGAGGGUUUUUCUUGUUGCCGGUGAAGUUUCUGGAGAUUCCAUCGCUUCUCGCCUAAUGGCUUCGCUUAGACUUUUCUCCCCUUUUCCUCUUCGCUUUGCUGGUGUUGGUGGGGCUAAGAUGGCAAGUGAAGGGUUGAAGUCUCUAUUUUCUAUGGAGGAUAUUUCGGUAAUGGGUCUUUGGGAGCUUUUGCCUCAUCUGUAUAGAAUCAGAGUGAAACUGAAGGAAACUGUUGAAGCUGCUGUUCUAUUUGAACCUCAUGUUGUAUUAACUGUUGAUUCUAAGGGAUUUUCUUUUCGGUUCUUGAAACAACUUCGAGCUAGAUACAGUCAGAACAAUUUGGAUUUUCCAUCACACUUUCACUAUGUGGCACCAUCAUUCUGGGCAUGGAAAGGAGGUGAAGCGAGACUCAGAGGACUAGCAGAAUUUGUGGAUCAUCUAUUGUGCAUACUUCCAAAUGAAGACAGAAUAUGUAGAUUGAAUGGAUUGUACGCAACAGCUGUUGGGCAUCCGGUCCUGGAAGAUGUUCUGGAAUUGAAUUUGAGAAACAAUUCCACGAUUCAUGAAUGGAGGGCGAAAGGCAAUGCCGAAGAUUUCCGAAAUAAGUACGCAGUGCCAGCAGGAGCCACUGUGAUUAGCUUACUUCCUGGAAGCAGAGUGCAAGAAGUCAGUCGGAUGCUUCCCAUCUUUUCAGAUACGGUGGAACUGAUGAAAGACACGGUUCCACAGUUGAUGACAGUCAUUCAUGUAGCACCUAAUGAGCAUGUGGAAAAUUUUAUGGCUGGUGCUAUUCAUAGAUGGCCUGUGCCAGUUAUAUUGAUUCCAGGUGGAACAACACAACUAAGAUAUGAUGCUUUUAGUGCAUGUAGAGUUGCACUAUGCACAUCUGGAACAGUUGCUGUGGAGCUGCAGCUUGCACGAUUACCCUGUGUUGUUGCAUAUCGUGCCCAUAUUUUGACAGAAUGGUACGUUCGGUACAAAGCUAAGAUACAGUACAUGUCACUUCCCAAUAUUCUUUUGGACAAGGCCAUUAUUCCUGAAGCACUCUUUCAAUCUUGCAAACCGGCAAACUUAGCCUUGUUGCUCAAUGAUUUAAUACACGAUGGUGGUUGUCGAGAAGAACAAAUAAUUGCUGCACAAAAGUUUGUCGAGCUUCUAUUGCCUUCAGAGAGAACAAAGCACAACCUUCCACAACAACAUUUGAGAUCUUAUGCGGACUACACCCCAAGUGCAAUUGCAGCAUUGACUAUAUUAAACCAUGGGAAACCAGUGACUAGUAUCUAACGACAUCUCUUUCUGCGAUUUGGCUUUGGAUUUUUAAACUGCAAAGGAAUGUCUGUCUGCAGCUGAUGAAUAUUCCAUUUAACAUGUAACCUAUGUAUGGGUUAUUGAUGUAUGACUCAUUCAUGUGGGGUUUUUCGGAUCAUAGUAUGGGUCAUGUGAGAAAAGAUAAUCUGCACACUUCGGUCUCGGAUUGUAAAGGUUUAGGUUUUUAGAAGUUGCACAUUGCUAAGGAUACAGACUAAAGAUAAUUUUAAUAUACUUUUCUUUGUUAACCUCCAAA